UUAGCAAUUCGAAGCGAUUUAUUUGAUUUCAUCCGCCAGGCGGGCGUCCAAAAACGGUUGUCGUCGUCGUCAUCGUUGUUGUUGUUCGCUUUAAUUUUUGUUUUUUUUUAAUAUUGUUGUUAAGUUUUGUUAAUUACUUCAUCGACCCGCCCGCCACACACAACAAUGACGCCCCCCACAGCGACGACCACAACAACAACAAUAUCAGAUCUACCUUGCGGCUGCGCAGAACUGCUGCAGUUCAUCAAUUGCCGACUAAUACGCGAUCAUCAAUUGAUCAAGGAUGAUCUCUGGGUGAGAAAUGGCAAGAUCAUAAAUCCGGAACCCGUUUUCUUUGACGAACGCUCCAAGGCACAUCGUCAAGUGGACUGCCAUGGAGCCAUUAUAGCCCCUGGCUAUAUUGACCUUCAGAUUAACGGUGGUUAUGGUGUGGAUUUCUCCUAUGACAAAGACACCACCGAGGAGGGUGUUCGGCUAGUGGCCACGGGUCUAGUGAAAACGGGCGUUACCUCUUUUUGUCCCACAUUGGUGACAUCACCGAAUGCCAAUUAUCAUACAAUACUGCCACGCAUUCCAAAGAGCAUACCAAACGGUGCUGGCAUUUUGGGUGUACAUGUUGAGGGUCCAUUUAUUAAUCCCCAGAAGAAGGGCGCCCAUCCCGAGGACUGCAUACAGACCAUAGAUAAGGGUCUGGAAACACUUGUGGCUACGUAUGGAUCCUUGGAGAGAAUCAAGAUAAUAACAUUAGCUCCCGAAAAGGUCAGCGAUCCGUGCGUUAUCGCUGAACUAGUCAAGCGUGGCAUCACCGUGUCGCUGGGCCAUUCGAUGGCUUCGCUUAGCGAUGGCGAACGCGCUGUCCAACAGGGUGCCACCUUGAUAACACAUCUCUUCAAUGCCAUGCUGCCGUUCCAUCAUCGCGAUCCUGGUCUGGUGGGCCUCUUGGCCUCUGAUGCCAUACCCAAGGGUCAGACAGUAUAUUUUGGCAUCAUAGCCGAUGGGGUACACACUCAUCCGGCUGCCUUGAGGAUUGCCUAUCGCACCCAUCCGCAAGGCUUGUGUCUGGUAACCGAUGCCAUUUCGGCCUUGGGUCUGGAAGAUGGUCUGCAUCAUAUUGGCCAAUUGCCCAUGGAAGUGAGGCGAGGCAAAGCGUUUAUUGCCGGCACGGAAACACUUUGCGGUAGUAUUGCGCCCAUGGACGAGUGUGUGCGUAUUUUCCGCAAGGCCACCAAUUGCUCCACUGUCUAUGCCAUUGAAGCGGCGACUUUGCAUCCGGCCAAAAGUCUUAAAAUGGAGCAACAAAAGGGCACUUUGAAUUUUGGUUCAGAUGCCGAUUUCAUAGUCCUGGACGAUGAUUUGCAUGUACUUUCCACUUGGAUAGCAGGAGAAUGUGUGCAUCGACAGGAUGCACAAUAGAGAGUCAUAAACUAAUACAGGGUGCUUAACAUAUUGUUCAUUGUCUUUGUGCUGUUAUCUUUUUUACUCUGAAACAAAAACUUCUAUACAUAUAUAUAAAUGUAUAUAUAUAUACUUAUAUACGAACCUA